GAUAUUUUUUAAGCACAACUGUGUGCUAUAGGUAUCACAGCCAUCUAUGUAACUAUUUCAUUGACAAUACUACAGCUAUAGUCAUAUAACUGUUUUUUGUGUACCUAAUGUCUAGAUUUAAAAAAAAGGUCGAAUUGUUGAGGCUCGCAGCUAGUCCUCGUUCUACCUUGUUACGAAGCGUACGAACGUGUAUAUACCACUUUAGGAUUUACUAUUCCAAUAUUCGGAUACAGUGAAGUAAGCGUUCUGUAAUCCGAAGAUGAAUGGAGUGCUAUGGGGCUAACCAGACAGAAAUUGUAAUCGCAAUAUUCGAUACGUUCCUGAUGUAUAAACGCUCUCUCCACUCUGAUUUCUAUUCCGAAAAUUUCUUGACAAGGUUAUUUUCUUACCUCAAGUAUUAAUUACAGGUACUGGCCUGAGGUACGGGAUACGGCCCAUUUUUUCGAUCAUAGCUGUUUGAAAAGAGGCUCAGCAGAUUAAUAGCUGUACACUUUUAAGGGGAACAAGAUCCGUCGUUGGCCUGACAGACACCUGGAUAUUUCGACCCCUAUAAUAGUACGAAUAGGCUUCCGAUUUACUACUUGCUUAAGCGUAUCUUUAAGUAACGACAAUGUUUAUUACAGGUUUUUUUACUAGCAUAUGUUUUUAAACAUUAAGUUGAACUUUCAUAACUAGUCUAUGAGAUAACCUAAGGCUAUCGCAACUUCGUCUCUGAUGAUCGUGUCGUCGAAGGUGCAAUGCAGAGUAUGUGCAUACUCGUUUAUAAUAUCGAGGUGAAUCGACGGCUAGGCUAUUGUUAAUUUUGGUCAGAUUACUAGCAACGAAGACCUCGAUCCAUAUCACCCGGAAGCUCUAACCUACCCCUCUCCUAUUGAGGUCUUGUACAUCCAUUGUUUCCGAAUGUCAUGGAUUUCUGCCUGCCUGUUGCUACACUAUCACAACACAAAGGAGUAAAAACAAGGCUAAAAAUGAAACUAUCGUCUGCCGUAAGUACCCCUUAUGCUAGGCCAUGAUGCAGUCUACGCAAUGGUCACAACUGAUCUCGUAACAGUUGCGGCACAGGCUUACAGAUCAUCUGUGCAUAAGCGUCUAGGCAUGUACAUGGUCUACGAACAUAUAUAUAUAUAUAUACGAAUAUGUAUAUGUAGAUCGGCAAUGGAUUAAGAACGAACCAAGGAUAGACAUCAAUGAAAGGCAGAAAUUCAUCGCUAGGGUAUAUUACACGCGACAUCCAAUAUAGCGUUCACGAGGCAGGGGUUGACCGGAUACUGGCCGACCUGUUUUUAGGCAAUCGCGUGCUGUUGUUGCCUAUUCGAUCUGCGGCCGCUGCUUUUUAUACCGCUAGCGAGUAUUGAUAAACUAUUGGACUACAGACUAGGCGAACUAUUAACUAGAGAAGCAAUACGAAGCUGCUGAACAGGGACAGUGUGACUGACGCUAGUUCUGAUGUGACGAUACCGAUCGAGUUGUUGAUUGGAGCGUACUGACGAUCUGAAAAGGGUGCGACUGCUUCCAAAGAGACAACGCUAUUACGCACACACAUCGAUAUCUCAAUAGAUUAGGACAUCAAAAACGCGUGCUUCUAAUAGAUGAACGCGGUGACAACGACGAUCAUUAACGCUCUAUAGAUAGACUGUGUGCGUCAGCGGAUGAACUGCGCAAGGACAGACCUUACUGGAAGUAUGUGCCUAGCAGGACUUGAUAUAGCAAAAAAUCUUGUAUCAUAGGCCACACAGCAGCCAGAUCGUGUACGACAGGACUAGCAGGACCGUGUGUGAAAUCGACAUCAAUCACUACUUGACAUUGUAGGGCAAGAGGGAUGCAGCCUCAUCGACAGCAGGACUCCGCUAACACACCAUGGAAGGAUAGCUAAGGCAAUCGCACAUAGAUUUAAUCGUCAAGAGGUUGCAUAAAGGUCAAGAGGUAAGGCAAACGGCAUCGCCAGCGAUUUUAGACAAUUCUUUAAAACAGACGCCCAGAGACGUGCGUGACGUUACUUUGUGAAAAGGCUGGAAUUGACUGCGAGGGACUAUGACGAUGACGACACUUCCGCUACAGUGAAAUAUGCAAGGCAAGUCGAGAAAUUGCAGCAGAAGCGAAGUAAGUGCCUGACAAAGCUUGACCUUUGCAGGUUUUUCUACAUGACUUCGAUCGAAGAGGUGGCCUCUUUAGUCAGCCCCUUAAGCUUACGGAUCAGUUGUAUGCAACGAUCUGAGGAAUCCGCUUAUAUACGUUUUAUAUACCGCUUAUAUACCUUUUAAUUCCAUUUUCAAAAUAGUUCAAAAAUACGUGGCCCAUGUGUUAAAACCUUCAAUAAUCCCAUGAAUGAAAUUCAUGGGAAAUAUAUUCAAAACUAUCUACCGUUUAUACAACACUUGAUACACUAUCGCUCGUUAGUUAGAGAUAAAGCAGUCUAUUUAUCCGAUCUCUUUAAGUAUUAUGUUGAGAUAGAAGAACCUUAUUUAAAAUGUCCAGUCCGUACAUAUAAUUUCUAUUGGGGUAUACCUGAUUCCCGGACCAGGUAUUAUCUUUUAAGCUGUACAUGCCUCAUACAGUAUACGACAGACUAAUGACGUAGGCAACUGCUAGAUUAAAACGCUCCUCUUGUAUAUUCUUCUUAUCGCAAUUGGGGUCCUUUUUGUGAACACUGACUGCUGAUACUUGCUAUUUAUUUGCGGUUAGUUAAUAAUCUUUCAUUUGCGAUUUUGAAUAUCGAAUAUUCAGAUUUUUGCAGCACGGAAUACGAGGUGUUUUACAAUCUAUUAAAUAAAAAAUAAAGGAACCUUUAAGGUCUCUUUACUUAAACUAUUUAAGUAGGGCUGUUAAAGGACUGUUACAUUAACUAGAAUGUCAAUAAAGACAAUAUAGUCCAGUAAUAAACGAUUCGUACCAAUAAUUUCUAUAAAAAUUUGUUUGGGUUUGUUCCGACGCAAAAAAAUAAACGAGACUUUGAAACGGAGGCAUCCUCUGCACUUUCAGAAUAUAAAGAAUAGGCCUAGAGCUUUUCCAGCCCCCUGAUCCUCCAGAUCCUAUCAUAAUAGAGCAGUUUCCCCAGGACCUCCACCCUCUGAAAAACAGAUAGCUCGACGCUGUGAGAUUCCAGAAUGUAGAACACUCGGAAACAAAUGGGUUAAAGAGACUUUUAAACUGGACAUACGACAGGAAAGAUGAUCCUUAACAAGAAAUUGAACAAGUCAAAAGGAGCGUCUGUUAAAAGGCGAAUCGCAUCCAAGGAAGGCUUAAUUAAAAAAGAAACCAAACCAAAACGAGGCAAGAUCCGGCGGCGGUUGACACUCAAUGAGCUGGUGAAGGAAGCGCGAAAAAUGAAAAAGACUCUUGGAAGCGAAGUCGAAACAUUAAAUAGUGAAAAUAGGCGAGGUAAAGCGAUCGUGUCAGGGGAGCGUAGGAAGAGUUCUCGGAAGAACCAGUCGGACCAGGAGCUUAUCGAAAAAUACGGAAAUGUAAUUGUCGAUCUGACCGAUCUAGCUGCGUGGGGUGAGUUUGAGAGCGAUUACCACGAACCAACGGGCGCUCGCGAGAAGAGGAAGAUGUUGAAGAAAACUAGCAAAUCACAAAAACAGAAUGCUAAGGACGAAUCAGAUGAUUAUUUUGAUGAUGAAAGUGAUAGGAGUGAUGCUGACGAUUUGGAAGAUGAAGGAGAUGAGGAUGCAGAAGAAUUCAUGAGACAAAUGGAAACACAUGGUGUACGAGGCGAAAUGGAUCACAACGCGGACGGUAGCGAAAAAAAGGGCCUUAACGACAACGAAGGCGACGAAGUUGACGAGAACGAUGGAAAUAUUGAUAUAGAUGAUAAUGACGAAAGUAUUGAAGAUGGAGAAAGUGAACCGGAAGCUAAUGAAAUGACAGGCGAUCUUAACGACAAGGAUGGCAGCGAACUAAUAGGUCAGAUGCCUUUUAAGGGACCACUGGCUCUCCCAAAGAAAGAGGGAAAAGUGCCAAUAAAACGAAAACCCUUUUCUGUACUCGAUGACGGUGACUCUGAUGAAGAGGGAAAAGACAAUGGAAGCGAAGCGAUGGAUACCGAUGGGGUAAGAGAGAGUAACAUGAGGAAAAAUGAUCAAACAGAAAAUGGAAUAACUGUUGCUAAACGUAUCAAAGGCCAACAAAAACUUGUAGAAGAGAAACAUGUCGAAGACACUGCUGAAUUAUCUUUGACUGAGCGCAACGCUGUCAAGAACUGGGAACCGUUUCCUAUCCAUGACUGUAUCCUUAAAGCCUUGGCUCGAUUAAAAUACACGGAACCUACGGAAAUACAAAGCGAGUGCUUGACUCCUGCGAUUCGUGAUAGAUUGGAUAUUUUUGGUGCAGCAGAAACCGGUUCCGGCAAAACACUUGCUUUUGGUAUUCCCAUCGUUAACCGACUUUUAGACGACAAAAAGCGAAACAAGAUGGGAGCGUUAGUACUAACACCGACUCGAGAACUCGCUGUUCAGAUAAAAAAACAUCUGACAGAUAUAACUGAGUUUACGUCACUGCACGUGGUGACCAUUGUUGGUGGACUCUGUCACGAAAAACAGAUACGUCUUAUUCGAAAACGGCCGGAAAUCAUCGUUGCAACUCCAGGCCGUCUGUUCGAGUUUCUUCAGGACGAUCCCUCAUUCCAGGAACAGCUUACGAAUAUUCGAUGUCUUGUUAUCGACGAAGCCGAUCGAAUGGUGCAAGAGGGCCAUUUCGAUGAAAUGAAGCUGAUCCUUAAAUUUAUGAAUCAGAAUCAACAAAGGAAACGGCAGAACCUCGUUUUUUCAGCCACACUCACUAUGGACCCGCAUUUGCCGGACCGAGUGAUGGAGAAAAAAAAAGGCAAGAAAGUCAGUCGGCUUGAUCAACUGAAGACUCUGCUCAAUAUGUCGAAACCUAAGAUUAUUGACCUGUCAAAGCGGAUUGGCACGGCGGAGAAAUUAACCGAAUCUCGCAUAUUUUGCGAAAAACCAGAACAGAAAGACGCGCUCUUAUAUUAUUUUCUUUGUAUGCACCCAGGCCGUACGUUGGUGUUUUGUAAUUCUAUCGAUUGCGUAAAACGACUGAAGUCUGUUCUCGAGACGUUGCUUUUACAUCCAAUGGCUUUACACUCUGAGAUGCAACAACGACAACGUUUGCGUCACCUUGAUAAGUUUGCCACUCAGCCAAAUUCUCUACUCAUUGCAACUGAUGUCGCUGCACGCGGGUUGGAUAUUAAAAAUGUGGAGCAUGUCAUUCAUUUCAACGUGUCCAAAGCUUCGGAAAUGUACAUUCACCGAAGUGGGCGAACUGCACGUAUUAAACAAGAUGGUCUUUCCAUAAUGCUGGUCGAUGGCCGCGAACUACCGCAGUAUCGAAGGUUGUUACAUGCUCUAAAACGAGAAGAGGAUCUUCCCGCCUUUCCAAUACAGGAGAAUAUUCUCAAGGUUUGCAAGAUACGCGUCGCGAAGGCACGCGAACUUGAGGCGCUCGACCAUCGUCAACGGAAGAGAAGUAAGAACAAUAGAUGGUUUGCGAAAUGCGCCAAGGAGGCAGAUAUACAAUUGGAUGAAGAUUUGCUGCAGCAAACGGAUUGGACUGGCGACCGGAAGGAACGAAUGAAGAUGGAGAAACUACAGCACGAACUGAAAAUCCUUUUGAGGAAACGGCUAAUCCCACUUAACCAACGAGUGGGAGAAGCUCUACAACUACCAGAUAAAGAUCCACUAAAACUUGUGCAAGGCUCCAGAGGUGUCCCAGUGUAAAUGGAGUCGGAACGUAUCGUUGAAUAAUGCGUUAUUAGUCCGCCUGACCUUUUCUUAAAACAUUUUGAUUAUCAGAAAUGUAUAUAUAAGUUGUAUAGCGAUUAGUACCAUCUUAGCUGACGUUAAUUUCCAGUUGGGAAUAAAGUAAGUUCAUAGU